GGGCAGCCGUCCCUGGUUCAGCAAUGCACGUGUCGUCGUCGUGUUGGAUUUGUUGAGUAAUCACCCCAAUAUGACGCCAAAAUCACGUGGUUGUUGCAAUUGGAACAUUGUUAUGAGAAAUGAGGAGUGUAUUCAAACCAUACGACGCUUAGUAUUUGCCAGGAUCUGGUAACGUGAACUAUGGUCAAAAAUCUUCUUCUUUGGAGGCCGUACCAGAGAUGAUGUGGAACUUUCCAUCACUGUGAAGAAGCAUCUUCGUGUUUGAACUUCGCGAGAAGAAAAAUCGGAGUCAAAGAGAGAUAAAGGAGGCGAUCUUAUGGACUCGGUUCGUGUGGGUGCCGACGGUAUCUGUUGAUCUAAUUUGCCAAUCAAGCACGUCUUACCCUCAUGUUCCGCAAGAAAAUCAGGACUGCCUCCAGCACCUUGCCCGCACUUCCUAGUUUUCCUAACUCAGAACAGAUCGAGGCGGACCUCGACGCCGCUUCUGGACACGAUGUCAUCUUUGUGACCCAAGUGCCGGACAAUUUGACGGAGACCCAAUUUCACCUGCGAUUCCAGAACCAGCAGUUGGACACGGCUGGUAGUGAUAACGACGUCGAGGUGGUGGAUUUACCCCUCUAUGACAAGGUGAUUGCCCACAAUUUGAACUUGGAACGACUCAAAUCCUUGAAGACACGAUUAUCUAACGCCCUUGAGACAUUGGAUAAAGAGACGCCACAAAUUGAAGAGGGGACGGAGACCCUGCAAAAACUCUUGUCCGAUACCAAGGACAAAUUUGAGGACGUCAAGUCCUUAAAAACCUUUUCUCGACCUCGACAAUAAGGCAGCCAUGCAAACCCAAUUGGAAAUCCCGUUUCCGUGUUCUCGUCACGCGGAGAUUGUUUACAAUUCCUUGAGGGUCGAUGCUGAGCCCAAAAGAAGUGGGAUGACCAAAUCGUUGAAAGUGGACGAGAAUGUGCUGACUGUCAAAUUUGAAUGUGCCGAGGCUCGAACCAUGCGAGUUAGUGUGAACACCUUUCUGGAUCUUCUCAUCCUGGUUACUCAAACCAUUGACAGUUUUGCCUUGAAAACCGACGAUAAGUAGUGAACAAAACAGACUAACGAAGUGAAAAACAAACUUUUUAUUUUUCCACAAUGAUGCUCACUCCUGCAGUUAAGUCAAAGAGUAUGGAGGUGCCUAUUUCCGGAUCUCCGGAAUUGCCAGAUUCUCCAGAAUUGAACAAAGAGGAUAAGGUCAAACGUAUUGCGUCGGAUUCAGAUUCCAGCGAAGGAUUCGACAUGACGAUCAAUCAUUUCAAAAGCAACAAUUUGGACGACCAAAAGGAGGUAAUCGAGGCCAUUGAAAGCUGUAAGAGAGCCAUCCUGGAGACUACCGCGAGUACAGACAGCCGCAAGGACAUGGUACAAACCUUAAUCAAACUCCGUAUCCGACUCCACGACCUCCAAAUACGGGAAGCCGCCCCCGUACAAGCUUUUGAAACCCAAGGCCACGUGUUUGUCAGCUAUGACAAAAGCAGCAAUAUUCCGGGGAUGGCAAACAGUCGCAAGAUCUACUGUCAACAAUGCGCCUCAAACAUAUGGGUAUAUUUGCAAUCCUCGCAGCAUUGUCGCGAAUGUGGCUUCUCGGUCCACGCCACAUGCAUGGACAAGAUCAUGCGAGGCUGUGUGGCCAUUAAGGUCAAGACCCAGCCGGACUUUAUCCUGGAUAUUUGUCCCGAGAAGAGCAUGCCUCGAAUCAAAUACCGAUGCAUGGAAUGCGACGGAAAGCUCUCUUGGAACAACUUGUCUCGGAGACCUCGCCUCUGCGACUACACCGGGUUGUGGUUCUGUCCCACUUGCCACUGGAACGAUACGGCAAUCACCCCCGCCCGUGUGGUCAUGGAUUGGGAUUUCGAGCCUCGACCCGUGAGCCAAGCCUCGAAACAGUAUCUCUUCCUGAUGCAAAACAAGCCCGUGUUGAAGGUUCAUGAGAUCAACAGCUGCUUGCACGCGGCCAUUCCGGAAUUGGGCGUCGUUCAGCAAUUGAGAAACACCAUCAUCGUCAUGAAGAAGUACUUGACGGUGUGUCGUCUCGCCGGAGAGCAACGUUUGCUUCUGCUCUUGGCCAAUCGUCAACACUUUGUGGAUGACGCAGAUCAUUAUUCCAUGACUGAUUUGUUGGAGGUCAAUUCUGGAGUGCUUCAACCCGCUUUAGAGGCGGUCAUCGAGAAAUUCGCGUCGCAUAUCAAAAACUGCAUCUUGUGCACGGCCAAGAGCUACCAUUGCGAGUUGUGUGAUAGCGACGAGAAACUAUUUCCAUUCGAUGACAUGAGCGCAUCUUGCGAGAAAUGCAACACUGUCUUCCAUCGAGAUUGCUUUCCCACUAAUACGAAAUGCCCGAAGUGCAAGCGGAUUUCCUCUCGAUCCUGAAUGACUCGUCUGGACUUGAAUCGAACAAUCGUGGAUAUUGAUAUUCUUGUACCUUAUAACUGAUCAAUAC